UCUUAAUGGUGGGGAAUCAACCUUUAAAGACAUCUCAAAUGGUUCUACACUUUGCACAGAGAAUACGAAGACUGUAAAAGCUACUUUUGAAAAUGGAGUACAGUCACAGGAAGACUUGGCAAAAAGGAGGAACAUGGAAGGUGAAACUUACGCGCCACUAGGUAAGAAAAGUUCUCAUGUUAUUUCCACUUCCCAAGAUUCUGCUAUGCUAUCAAAGCAAACACAAUCUACUCAUAUGGGCAUGGUUGGCUUGCCAGCAAAAACCCCCACCCCCAUUCCCUCAUUAGCCGGUGAAAGGUGUGAUAAGACUACACAGACUACAUGGUGCAGUGUGCUGAAAAGAGGAACUACAAUGGAUCCGGGUCAUGGAGCUCCUUUUAUAACCCGUAACCACAUGAAAUUAAAAUAUUUUGAACCUCAAGGAGAUGGGUCCAAAACAGCUGUUGCAGAUACGGGUUGUAAGAAUUGGGAAAACAGCUUG